CAUCACUUUAAUUCCAAACUCGACCGAAGAAAGACCUGUUUUAACCACGUGUUAAUCGAGAUAUUUUAUAAAUCCAUCUUAAAAUUCAACGUUCCACUAGUAGAAAAGUGUCCUGAAUCCUUACAAAGUAAAGUUCCUCUGAAAAGAAUCGCUCAAAUCGAGGAUUUAAUCGCGUGUGUGUCAAUAGUCUCACCUAGUUGUGAGCACAUAAUAGCCAAUCAACGUUAGGGAUAAUUUUUCUCUAACACCGUCGUAGAAUUUCGAAUACCCACAAAUCAGAAGAACCUCGCAGCUAUGGAAGAAAAUUCAGAGUCCUAUUAUGCCUAAGACUUACAGCCUAAGCUGAAUCCAGGAAGAUAACCAAGUUUUAUUUUACCGCCGAGAGUUUGUAAACGCAACAAAAACACACUACACCUAGUGUGUGUCCUAUGGGAUUACAUAAUUAAGAUUUGAUUGCAUACUACAAUAUCAGAAUAACGAACUUGGGAUAGUUCCCGAAAACAUAAUUGGUGAGCUCAAAUUUAGUGAACUAUCGAGAGAGGUUUAAAGACUGGGUGCCAGUUGACCAUUGGAAGCUUAAUAAGCACAAAAUUAGUGAAACGUGUUGUGAAAUCCUUCGUCCUUUUGGUGAAACUCAAAACCGUCAAAAAGUGCCAAAAGUUUAAAAACUCGACUAGUCUGCUUUUCCUGAGCUGUGUGAGAAGAAAUUUUAAUAUGCAAGUAAUUGCAGCCCUUUGCCAAUCCAACCAAAUCCGUAUGAAUCGCGCCAGUAAGAACUAUCAGCAGCAGAAACAGCGUGGUGUUGCCGUGGUGGUUGUUAGCAAGUUGAAGAAAAAGACCUUUCGAAAGUUGAAGCGUUCUGUUGGAAAACCGGUGGUCAAUCGGAUGGGUUCGUGUUGUACCGCGGAUUUUAUGAAGGCUUCGUCGUUUCAUUGUUGGCACAACAAAAAGAACAUUACUAUUUCUAUUGGGGGUUUAACGACGAAUAUGACUACCAUGGCGGGUUUGCGAGGCUUUAGACAUCGCUGUGUUAACGUCACGGAUGGCGUCGUCAAUCGAAUGUUGGGGGCCAACAACUCUCAACUCAUCCAUUGGUAUAGCUUAAGGCGUUAAAAUUUCAUUACAACUCAACGGGGAAUUCAUUUCUCUUUCAAGAUGGCACAGGCAACUGGAAUCGAAACCGAAUGCCGUUCAUGGCGAGAAUCUACUCUGUCCAACGAUCAACACAAACCACAGCCAAGAUCAGCAACAGCAGCUAUACAUAGACGAGGCGGCAUACUUCUCUCGCGGAGGCCUAGCUUCGGGGAAUACCUAUCAAACGACAAAUACACAGCAACAACUGCUAAUACCACAACAGCAACAGCCGCAGUACCAGUCUCAGUUUUCGACAGUCCAGAGUCCAAUCUGUGGUGUGUUCGGAGAAGCCGGGUGGCUGAAUACGAUCACGAUGGAGAACGCUUCGCCGUCACCUCCAUCGGACUUCCGUUGGCCAAGCUACAGCACGUUCAUGGCCGAUACGGAGCCCUGGCCGAGUGGCACCAGCAACAGAAGCGCUACAACAGGUGAACAGCUUAACACGCCAACGGGCCCGGCAAACGUCUGCGGAUUUGAAUAUGAUGAUGGUGGUUUCGGAGGACAUGGAGCGUCCGAAGCAAGAGUUAAUCUAACCAACGUAUUUUGUAAUGUUGCCAGCACCCACAGCAUCACGGAGAAGUUAGCAAACGAUAAGAACAACAACAACGACAAGAAGAACGAAACGAAGGGGCAAUCAUUCGACGAGAAAUACAUCGACAACGGUAGUAAUAGCAACAGCAUGCAACAGAUCAUGACUCCGCCGCAUGGCGGCAACCAAGAGACUGUCGUUACGGCAGGACUCGCUUCGUGGGAGUCUUGCCUAGACGAAGUUCUUCUCAGUCCAAUCAGUUAUAUCAACACGCCACACCACAGCAGCACCGGUAUGGCGUCUCCGGGCAGUAGCUCGGGCGAUGCGACAGACCACAGGUCUGAGGAGCUGGAAACUUUUGUCGAUUUCAACCGCACCAUUCUUUCGCCGAACUCGGCAAUCGUUGAAGCCAGCGAGGAAGACGAGUUCGGCGUUUCGCUACACGAAGAAAUCGAACAACUUUCCAGCUCAUUCUACUGCAACGAAAACAAUCUCGUUUCUGUUUGUCAAAACACUGGCACCAACAGUCAGAUAGAUAUCGCAUCGCCCAGCUUCCUGAAACUCCUUCAGGAAGAUUCCAUCACUAGCAAGCCCCAAAGCGUUACUACUGUAUCGAAUGACAUUUCCAACGAACAGCCAACUUUCAACGCGAAUGAUAAAGCCACCGUGCUUGGAGCACGACCUUCAAUAGCCGAUUCUUUCUUCAGUGAUGCUGACCAAGAAGAUGAUGUCGAUGAAGAAGACGUACAGAUGAAAAUACUAAGAGAGCUGAAGCAGCAUAUUCAAGAGGAGGAGCAGCAGCAAACGGCUGUAACAGUUGCUAGAGCGAGGCCGCAGACAGCACUGAAAACAGACGAAUCCCUUGAGAACAUUAAAACGCAAACGCAACUAGAACACAACUAUACCAUUAAGAUACCCUUUGAUGGCAACAGCAGCCAACCCUUGUUGAAGUAUAAUACGGUGAAGGAAACAAGUCUAUCGCAUCUUUCGAAAACGAGUCAUUCACCACAGCCACAGAAACCCGUCGCAGCCAAGCGGCAACUAUUUACACGAAUAAGAUCCAAAAUGGCUAAUAAACCGUACAAACGGAACCAGCAGGUCCCAAGUCUGAAGUUGAAAAUCAUCAACCCAUCAGAGGCAGUCAACAUCACGCCACCAGUGGGCGGAGCUAGACUCUUCAACACCACUCAGAUGGUGAUCAACACUCCAGACCUUACAAACGAACUGCUGGACCUCGAAUCUGAAGUCUCGGUGAAAGAGGAAGCAUUCGAUCUACUUUCCUACAUCACUUCAGAUGCGGAUUACGAUGAGGUACCUUUGGAACCUAAAGAAGAACAACCAGUCUCCCCAGAACCCGUGGAAGUCCAACAACCAGAACGCGAACUAACUUCAACCAUCUGCGUUCCCACCCUCAGUGACCUGUUCAACCCGGGCAAGCGCAAGCUACCGACGAUCACGAUCGAAAACGUGGAAGAGCUUACCGCCUCCAGCAACCCGAAGCGAUCCCGUCCAAAUGACCUUGCAUCAACCACUUCAUCGAUCUACGGUGACAACGCUUCGGAAGCAUCCGCAUCCACUUCGACACAACAACGUCCCCCUAAACGUCGAGGACGACCUCCGAAGCCCAUUAACUCCGGUCUACGGGAUCCUUCCGAAUAUCAACACCUUAACGAGGUCGAUAUGCGAUACCGGGAACAGCGGGACAAGAACAACGAAGCCUCCCGAAAGUCCCGCAUCAAUCGCAAGGACCGGGAGCUGAAGCUGGAAUCGGAAGCCGAAGAACUGAACCGGCAGUACAAAGUGCUCGAGGGCGAGGAGCAGCAGUUGAUCAAGGAGUGCGCCCGGUGGAGGCGGGCCGUCAUGCGGCUGGCGCUUCUUUAAAUCGUGAUUCGUGUAGAACGUUUCGUUCCUGUCGACUGUAAAUAGUGAUCGCACUCGUUUUUAGCAACAUUGCCUGUUGUGGGAAUGUUUAUUUUUUUAAUUUAUCUUUCCUAUGUUAAAAAAUAUAAAAAAAACGAAAAAAAAAAAAUAAUAAAUUGCAAACAAAUGUAAGCAAAAAAUAUUUGGCAUAGUUUGAACAAGUAAUGCAUGCAAUGUAACUAGUAAUGAGAUAGUAUUAGAAACUUAAUCUCUCAGAGUAACAUAUGUCAUUUGUUAAUGAAUAUUUUCUUUAAAUUACCAAUAAAGCUAAUGGCAAAAACUA